CACUCCCCAGCUUCCCCGCGUCGCGGGGUAGAGCCGGGGAGAGCCGGCGUGGGUCCAGGCGCCGCCCAGCCUGGCUCGAGCUCCUCCCUCCCCGCGCCGCCUGCGGGUGCCACCGCCACUAUUCCUGGAGAGCCUUCGGUCGGUGCGGCUGUGGGGCUGGCAAAGGAGUCCCGGGAGCGGCGGCGGCGGCGGCGCCAGGACGCUCGGCCAGCGAACCGUGGGCUUCGCCCGGCGGCCAAUGCUGUUUGCUACUAAUGGGGGUAAGCAAGUUAGAUGUUCUAUACCGGAGACUUCUCCUCACAAAACUUUUUAUSAGAGGAUGGGGAAGACCAGAAGAUCUCAAAAGACUCUUUGAAUUCAGAAAAAUGAUUGGAAAUCGAGAAAGAUGCCAGAAUCUGGUUUCGAGUGAUUAUCCAGUAUACAUUGAUAAGAUUGAGGAGCAGUCAGACUGUAAGAUCCUAGAUGGACACUUUGUUUCCCCCAUGGCCCACUAUGUGCCUGAUAUCAUGCCAAUUGAAUCUGUUAUYGCACGGUUCCAAUUUAUUGUGCCUAAGGAGUGGAACAGCAAAUACAGACCAGUGUGCAUUCACCUUGCUGGAACCGGAGAUCAUCAUUACUGGAGGCGGCGAACACUGAUGGCCCGUCCCAUGAUUAAAGAAGCCCGGAUGGCUUCUUUAUUGUUAGAAAACCCGUAUUAUGGCUGCAGGAAACCCAAGGACCAAGUAAGGUCCAGCUUAAAAAAUGUAUCUGACCUUUUUGUGAUGGGAGGAGCUCUUGUUUUAGAAUCUGCAGCUCUCUUGCACUGGCUAGAGAGAGAAGGUUAUGGACCUCUCGGAAUGACCGGAAUAUCCAUGGGAGGACACAUGGCCUCCUUAGCAGUAUCCAACUGGCCUAAGCCCAUGCCACUGAUUCCAUGUCUGUCUUGGUCCACAGCAUCUGGGGUCUUCACUACGGGUGUAUUGAGUAAAUCAAUUAAUUGGAGGGAGCUGGAAAAGCAAUAUUAUACACAGGCAGUUUAUGAAGAAGAAAUUAUUCACAUGCUUGAAUACUGUGGAACAGAUUCCUUCAAAAUGGGACAAGAGUUCGUGAAACGCUUCUCUAGCAGUGCAGACAAGCUACCUAACCUCAAUCUAGUUUCUAGAACUAUAAAUUUAGACAUGACAGACGAAGUUGUGUCCCAGAAACCUGCUGAGUGCCACAAUUSUAGUAAAACUUCUCUGAGUGCUUCAUCAGAAGGACUGUUGUUGCAAGAUACCUCUAAGAUAGAGUGCUUGGCUCAAACACUUAAAACCAACAAAAGAAGUUAUACAGGUUACAGCCCUCAGUCACAUCGCCUACUCAGCAAAGAACAAAGAAGAAACCAUCUUCAAAAAGAGUCUUUGAUAUUUAUGAAAGGAGUCAUGGACGAAUGUACUCAUGUAGCAAAUUUCUCAGUUCCAGUUGACCCAAGCCUCAUUAUAGUGGUACAAGCCAAGGAGGAUGCCUACAUCCCACGAACAGGAGUUCGGAGUCUACAAGAAAUUUGGCCUGGUUGUGAAAUCCGAUACCUAGAAGGGGGUCAUAUUAGUGCUUAUCUUUUUAAACAAGGACUUUUCAGACAAGCCAUCUAUGAUGCAUUUGACCGCUUCCUCCGUAAAUAUGCCAACUGAUUGGAUCACUGUGUUAUGCAAUCAGCUAGCAGUUUUUACAAGAGAAAUUUUUAUCCUGUGACAAUGUGAAGAACAAGCAGACAGCACUGGAGUCUGGAAUUCAGUGUUGCAGAUCAGUCACCUAUAAAUUCUAAAUACAUUUCAGUAAUUUUAAAACAAUGUUUGAAUUAAAUAAUCUUAAAGUAUGGUGUUUCUGUUUGUGGGAAUCCCAUAUGCUCAAUAUCUAGUCUAUUAUAACUAUUUAUGAAAACUUUAUAUUUUCAAUUAUGAAUAAGUUAUUAAUUUAAAAUAAAUGUAUCCAUGGGAACA